AUGGAGCGUGAACCGUGUCCCUUUCGUAUUGUAGAAGACGCAGGUGGAGGUUUUGUACUUGGUGCUGUGUUUGGUUCCGGAUGGUACACGUUUAAAGGUGCACGCAAUUCGCCAUCGGGUCAGCGUUUCCGUGGUGCCAUUUAUAACGCCAAGAUGCGAACACCGGUAUUGGCUGGUGGGUUUGCGGUCUGGGGUUUACUUUUCUCGUCCUUUGACUGCUCGUUCGAGGCGUUACGACGGAAAGAAGAUCCUUGGAACUCUAUUCUAGCUGGUGCAGCUACGGGUGGUGCUCUUGCAGCCCGUGCAGGUCCACGAGCUGCUGCAGGACAGGCACUUAUUGGUGGCGUCCUCUUGGCUGCUAUUGAAGGAGUAAGCAUCAUGGUGAACGAGUGGUUUGCACCGCAACCUGAUCAAGGCAUUACUGGUGACAUGAUGGGCACAUCGGAGCUGGACGAACAAAAACUAGCACCACCAUCGUUCUAA